ACGGAGCAUCUAGACCACAAUAAUCGAUCAAGGAGCACUAGUAAGCUGGUUGCUUAGCAUGCUAAACAUGCUGGCAAAAACUAUUGAGUAUCCGAAGGAAAAUGUUAAACAGAUUAUUAUGAUAAGGUGUCCGGUGUGCCGAAUAUGAACACAGAAUUCCACCUCACAACCAAAUGAGUAAAGAACCAACAAGCAGUAUACUACUCCAGGCUGGAACCAUGCUCGGACUCAGCAGCCUGAAGUUUCCACCUGUGGUCAAAACGGAGAUUAACCUGGUGCUGGUUCUGGUCACUGUGCUUGGUUUCUGGACGCGGCUCAGAAACCUUUCCUACCCUAGGGCAGUGGUGUUUGACGAAGUAUACUAUGGCCAGUUUGUGUCUCUCUACAUGAAGCGGGUCUUCUUUGUUGAUGAGAGCGGACCGCCCCUUGGUCACAUGAUCUUGGCCUUCGGAGCCUACCUGGGUGGUUUUGAUGGAAACUUCCCAUGGAACAGAAUAGGUGCAGAGUACCCCAGCAGUAUGAGUGUGUGGGGCCUGCGUCUCCUGCCCGCAGUGUGCGGGGCUCUGUGCGUCCCCCUGGCCUACCUGCUCCAGUUGGAGCUGGGCAGCUCCCACUACGCUGCACUGGGAGCUUCUCUCCUCAUCCUCAUGGAGAACUCUCUCAUCGUCCAAUCACGCUUCAUGCUACUGGAGUCUGUCCUGAUCUUCUUUCAGCUGCUCUCCUUCUUCUCCUACUGGCGCUUCUACAACGCCUCAAACAGUUGCUCCAGGUAUUUGUGGCUCAUCGUAGCUGCGUCCUCCUGUGCCGGAGCUGUGGGGGUAAAGUAUGUAGGUGUGUUCACCUACCUCCUGCUGCUGGGCAUAGCCUCUGUGCACACCUGGCAGCUGAUUGGCCAGCGGGCUGUCAGUCAUCUGAGAGUGUUUGUGGAAUGUGGGUGUCGCGUCGUGUGCCUGGUGGUGCUUCCCGUCCUACUCUAUGUGUUCUGUUUCUACGUCCAUCUGACUGUCCUUCGGCACAGUGGACCACAUGACCAGCUGAUGAGCAGUGCGUUCCAGGCUAGUCUGGAGGGUGGCCUGUCGAGAAUUACUCGGGGCCAGCCAUUAGAAGUGGCCUAUGGCAGUCAGGUUACCUUACGAAGCUCCGCCUCUCAAACCAUCCCUUGCUGGCUACACUCCCAUAAGGCUAACUAUCCAAUAAGGUAUGAGGAUGGGAGAGGCAGCUCCCACCAGCAGCAGGUGACCUGUUAUCCCUUUAAAGAUGUCAACAACUGGUGGAUUAUCAAGGACCCAGGCAGACAGGAGCUGGUGGUCAACACACCCCCCCGACCCGUUCGCCACGGCGACGUCAUCCAGCUCCUCCAUGGUAUGACGUCUCGUUUCCUCAACAGUCACGAUGUGGCUGCUCCAAUGAGUCCUCACGCCCAGGAAGUGUCGGGGUACAUUGACUUCAAUGUUUCCAUGGUGAUGCAGAACCUGUGGAGGGUGGACAUCUCCAACAGGGAGGCUGAGUCAGAGGUGUGGAAGACUAUUGUGUCUGAUGUGCGAUUGGUCCACGUCAAUACCUCGGCGGCUCUCAAGCUGAGUGGAGGGACCCUCCCUGAGUGGGGGUUUGGGCAGCUGGAGGUGGUGGCCGACCGUGUCUCCAGAGCCCACCACAGCAGCCUGGUGUGGAACGUAGAGGAGCACCGCUAUGGGACCAGUCACGAGCAAAAGGAGAGAGAGGUAGAGCUUCAUUCCCCGACUCACAUCGAUGUCCAUCCAAACAUAUCCUUCUUGUCCAAGUUUAUAGAGCUCCAGCGAAAGAUGCUCACCGUGAAACAGGAGGAGUCGGAACACAAAUAUAGCUCCUGCCCUUUGGAAUGGAUCUCCAUGACAACCAAUAUAGUCUACUGGCUCCACCACUCUACCAAUGCCCAGAUUCAUCUGAUUGGCAAUCUAGUGUCUUGGGGCAUGGCUAAUUUAAGUCUUGCAGCCUAUCAGCUUCUAGCACUCUGGUACUUGCUGAGGCGGAGGAGGGCCAUCAGAGAUAUAACCGAGGCUUCCUGGUGCCAGUUCCAGCGGGUGGGGGUGGUGUGUGUGGGUGGGUGGCUGGUCAACUUCCUGCCUUUCUUCCUGAUGGAGAACACCCUCUUCCUGUAUCACUACCUGCCAGCAUACACUUUCCUGUUACAGCUGCUCCCCGCAGUCCUUGAACAUGCACACACUCAUCUGCUAAGUGGGAAGUCUCAGCACCGUGCCGGAUGUGUGUCUGCGUUUGCAGGACUCUGCUCUGUCUACCUAUGCUACAAAAGCUUCUCACCUUUGACCUACGGAAGCCCAGAACUGUCAGCCAAUCAACUGCAAGCCCUGCGCUGGCAGCCUUCCUGGGAUAUUCUUUACAGGAGACCAUGAAAUCACGUACAGUGCUUUUACAGUAUUUUAAGAAUAAAACCUUUAGUGAAUUUUG